AUGGAUGUUGAAAUGCAUCUGGAAUCGAUGGGCCUGGGUGAGACGAUUGUGCGAGGCAACAGUGCUACUAAUCAUAGCCGAGCGAAGGCAGUGAUAUUCCUCCGACAUCAUAUCGAUGAAGGACUGAAAAUGGAAUAUCUCACAGUCAAGAAUCCUCUUGACUUGUGGAAUAAAUUGAAAGAAAGAUACGAUCACCUGAAGUUGAUCGUACUGCCAAAAGCACGCAGCGAUUGGCAUAAUUUGAGGUUGCAAGACUUCAAAUCGGUCACCGAAUAUAAUUCCGCCAUAUUCAGGAUCACUUCACAGUUGAACUUAUGCGGCGAGAAUAUUACUGAUGGUGACAUGAUGGAGAAAACAUUCUCCACAUUCCAUGCCUCAAAUGUGAUUUUACAGCAGCAAUAUCGAGACAGAGGCUUCAGAACAUAUUCUGAUCUCAUUACCUGUCUUCUGUUGGCAGAGCAAAAUAGUGAACUGUUAUUGAAAAUUCAUGCAUCCAGGCCAACAGGUUCCAGCCCAUUCCCUGAAGCGAAUACGGUAGAGUUUGCUAAUCCAGGCCGCAGAAACAACAACGGCCGGAGAAAUGACAGAGGCCAAAGACGCGACCGUCCCCAGCCUCGUCGAAAUAAUGGCAAAAGACCAUAUAAGCCCCUGAAGUGGCAGAAUGAUGAGCAUAAAAAAAAUUAUGAAGAUAAGUGUCAUAGGUGCGCACAAAAGGACACUAGUCGCGAGUCUGCAGAACGCCUAAGCAAUAAUGAUGACGCAUAUGAUGAUGUCUUGAAGAACACAUCUGCUGAUGUAAACCUCGCUAAACAGAACAACGAUGACACAUAUGAUGAUGUCCUAAACAGCGACCUUAUGCAUCUUGAUACAGCAGACUUCCUUGAGCACCCUGAAGGUGCCAAGUGA